CAAACGUAAAACAAGGUUGCGAAUAAGAAUGGCGAGCAGCGGCAGCGGACAACAACUGCCGCCGUACAACCCUUACCGGCAUCUGAAGACUCUUCGCGGCCACGAGAGCGCCGUGUCGUGCGUCAAAUUCUCCAACGACGGGAACCUCUUGGCCUCGGCGUCGUUAGACAAGACCGUAAUCCUCUGGUCGUCUUCCACCCUAACCCUCCUGCGCCGCCUGGUGGGCCACUCCGAGGGCAUUUCCGACCUUUCCUGGUCCUCCGACUCCCACUACAUCUGCUCCGCCUCCGACGACCGCACCCUCCGCAUCUGGGACGCACGCUCCCCAACAGGCGAGUGCGUCAAGACCCUCCGCGGCCACUCCGACGUCGUUUUCUGCGCCAACUUCAACCCCCAGUCCAACCUCAUCGUCUCCGGCUCGUUCGACGAGACCAUCCGGAUUUGGGAGGUCAAGACCGGAAAGUGCCUCAAGGUCAUCAGGGGCCACACGCUUCCGGUGACCUCCGUGAGCUUCAAUCGCGAUGGGUCGCUCAUCGUCUCCGCCAGCCACGACGGGUCCUGCAAGAUUUGGGACACGGAAGGGACCUGCCUCAAAACUGUAAUUGAUGAUAAAGACGAUAAAGCCCCUGCUGUUUCCUUCACCAAGUUCUCCCCUAACGGCAAAUUCAUACUCAUCGCCACUCUUGAUAAUACCCUUAGGCUGUGCAACUACUCGAUUGGGAAGUUCUUGAAGGUCUAUACGGGGCAUUUGAACAAAGUGUACUGCAUAACAUCUACAUUUUCUGUGACAAAUGGGAAAUACAUUGUUAGUGGUUCCGAGGAUCACUGCGUAUACUUGUGGGAUCUUCAGGCGAAAACUAUGAUCCAGAAACUUGAAGGCCAUACUGAUACCGUCAUCUCUGUUUCCUGUCACCCGUCGGAGAAUAAGAUUGCCUCCGGAGCUCUCCAAAAUGAUAGGACUGUCCGGAUUUGGGUUCAAGAUUAAUCCCAAUUCUGCUUCAAAAUGAAAACAGUCUGGAUUUGGGUUUUAGAUUACAUGAGGCUUCUAGAUUCUAUACUCGGACAAUAAUUUUUCCCCUGUUGUACUAUCUAAUGAGGAUGAUCAUAUAUAUGUUAGAGCUGUCAGCUGUGAACAUUAGCUUGGAAUCAGAAGUUCCAAUCUUUCCCUUGUUCAGAAUGUGAUUUGUUUUUUAAUUCAGACUUGGCUUUGUUUAAA